AUGAAAAUUCCUUUCUUUUUUCUAUUCAUCGGGAUAGGAGCAUAUACAGGCCCUUUGCCACCUUCCGAAGCUUUAUCUCAAGCAUUUUUCGAUGGAUUCAUGGAAGCAGUCAAUGAGAACAAUCAGACUGCAAUCAAAAAUCGUUUUGCGCCAAGCUUUUUGAAUGAUGGUGUAACCAAAAAAAUAUACGAAAACAUCGUUGAAGAUCUCUCCAACUACACUUAUUCCAUCGAACACGCUUUCUAUGACAUCUUCGAACAACCCAGAAAGAACACAUGGAUUCUGAACACUACCGUUCAUUUCCGUGGACCCGCGCCGACGUACCACCGGAAAAACUAUCAGUUUGCAAUUGAAAACCAAAAUAAUAAUCCUCAAUUGUACCCUGAUGCAUGGCAAAUCAAAGCAGUGGUUCCAAUCGUUUACCAUCGAAAACAUUUUGUACAGAAUCAGGUGACGCCUGAAAUGAUUCUAGGGAAUAUGCUUUCCGAAUUUUUGAAUUGUGUGAAUACAGGAGACAUUAAUCGACUUCAAGGAAUGAUAGAAAUGCAUGAAGUGGUCAGUCCGACUGGAAUGCAACAAUUGAGAGAUAUCGUCGGUGGGAAUCGAUUCGAAGUUCGUUCCUAUCGAAUCGUAAAGUCCGGAGAGAUUUCUUCUACAGUAAUCUUCACUAAUCCAAGUACUCAACUAGCGAAUUUAUUCUGGUUUGUGUUCAAGAGUCAGGAUGAGCAGAAUCUGUAUUUUUGGAAAAUUACGGACAUGAAACUGAUGUAUGGGGGUUAUGGGCCACCGAGGGAUUUUGUUGGAGGAUUCGGAUGGAUUGAUGAUAAUCACUGA